AUAAAUUACUAAAAUUUUUCGCGGGUUUCGUCUUCCUUGCCUCUCUGGCUCUCUCACCCUCUCGCUUGGAAGUCUGAACUCUGCGUGGCCUCCGGCGUCGCUCAGCCCUCCUCGCCGCCACUGCUAGCGGCAUCCCUCACUUAGAACUCCGCCGUCUCAGCCUCGCCUCUCACCGUCGCGCCGUCUCUCCUCUGCCUCUUGCCUCUGCUUCUCGCUGUGCCUCCUUCCCUCGCCGUCACGAGUCUCACCGCGUGGUCCCUACCUCGCCAUCCAUCUCUAGACUUCAGAGAGACAGAAAUGGAAUCACAAGAGACAUCUUCAGUAGGAGCAGAAGCACUUCUACAUAUGUCUCCUGGAUCAGCGGUUUCUGUUGCAUACCACCCUCUGUUUGGACCACAUGAUGAUCUGAUCGUUCUAGAGCUUGAUGAUAAACUUCUUCCCGAUGUUCUGCAUGAAAGGUGUGUAUUGUUAAGGGUGGUAAUAAGAGGACUGCCCGAUGAAGACGCAGUUCUUUGUACUCAAUCCAAAACAUUUGCAAUGAAGUUCGUUGGAACUUCAAAUUCUGUUUUGCUUAUACCUCCUGCAAAUCAAUAUGUUUUUGAUCAAAAUCCACAAAACGGUGCAAAUAAUCACAAGGAGAAGGUUGUUGCACCUGUGAUUAAAGUUGUACCUGGUAAUAUGGAGCUUGUUGAGGUUGCUCCCAGACUUGACAAACUUAAAUUGCUCCUCUCGCAGAACCCUUGCAGGCUUGAAGAGUUUGACAGUUCAGAAGUGAAUCCAGAAAGUAGAGCAGGAUUAUAUAACUGGAAGGAUCUUAAAAACAAUAUUCAAGCUAGUGACGAGGAACUAAGAUCCGGACUGCAGGCACUAUCGGCUGUGGAGAUUAAUAGCUAUUGGAGACUAGUAGACGAGAGAUACAUGAACACGAUUCUGGAAAUGGUUUUGAGAAAUGCAGUGUUGAACGACUGGUCACUGAGUGCUCUUAAUGAAGAUGAAGUCGUAAGCAUGCUGGUUUCUGAUGGAUUUCCUGCAGAACUUGCAAGGCAUUGCUUGCACGUAUAUGGUGAGAAAGUAAUUGACGGCACGGAUACUUGUGCAUGGAAGUUAGACAAGAAGCGGGUCUGCAUUCAUUUUGCGAGAGAAAUCCUGAGAGGGGGCAAGAUGAAGCUGGAGAGUUUUAUGGAUGAGUGGAGGCAGAGGACUCCAGAUGAAAUGCAGCCAACUUUUGAUCUUGCCGAAGGAGAAGUUUUGACAGAGAGAAUUGGAGUCGAGACAUGGGUCCGCGGAUUCAGUGUCUCUUCGUUGCCAUCCACUCCGGCUGAACGAUUCUCGAUUCUUUUCAAAGAGCGGCCAAAAUGGGAAUGGAAAGAUCUGCAGCCUUAUAUUAGGGAUCUGAAUGUGCCAGGUCUUACUUCUGAAGGUUUGCUAUUGAAAUAUACUCGAAGAACACAACCAUCACCUGAAAUAGAACCAAUUUUCAGUGCAAGAUAGUAUUCAUCUGUUUAUUGUGUGGGGACCUUACUUUGCCAUCCUCCUCACUUGUUUUACAUGGAAAAAUUUAGAAUUGUCUUGUAUCUUUGCUGUUUCCAGGUUAUUAUAUUCAUGCAUAUUUAGGUAAGAUGUGUAAAAAUCAAUUCUGACAUGAAAUACGUAACGAGUUAGAAUGUUAUGUUGUGUGCCUUUCCCUCGGCAUUUUGGAAAAUGGUGGUUGAUUCUAAAACUUAGAUCAGUGUAAAUUUUGAGGCGUAUUUAAGUGAGAAGUUAAUGUGGUAUUCUUAUGUUAGAUUGGAAGAUUGA